UUCUCUUCAGAUCGUAUAAAUCUUUCGCCUUUUACUAAAGAUUUCCGUGGAGAGGAACACUCAGAGUUUUAAAUAAUUUUUUGUGGCCCUGCUUUUGUAGGGCUGUUCAUUGUAUUAAAGAAAGACUAUAUUUGAGCUAGUAAAUGCCGAUGUCGUUGAUCACGUGAAAGAUGACGUUAAGGCGUCAUUUUGAAAUUUGUAGACGUUGGCAAAUGCGGAAAUCGCGCAACUUGUUCAAGUUUCACCGGAUUAUCUUAAUUUGAGGCACUUACAAUGUUGUGCAGAUACCGAAAAUGAAAGUUGUUAACCAUGAUUCAGUUUCACAGCUAUUCAACAAGAUGCUGAGAUUAGUUUUCCAGAUGCUCUUCAAAAUGACAGGGUUUACUACUAGACACGCAACAAGGCAAUUAAAGCACAAUAACCUGGUGAAUCUUAUCGAAGUAUUUAGAAGAAAACGUAAAUUGCACCUUGUGCUUGAGUACUGUGACCACACUGUAUUAAAUGAACUGGAGAGAUAUCCUAGAGGGUUACCAGAAACAAUGGUUAAAAACAUCAUGUGGCAGAUGCUUCAAGCGAUUAAUUUUUGUCACAAGCGCAAUUGUAUCCAUAGAGACGUCAAGCCAGAAAACAUUCUAAUUACUAGACAAGGAGUCAUUAAGCUCUGUGACUUUGGAUUUGCGAGAAUACUAACAGGUCCUGGAGAUGAUUACACUGACUAUGUAGCAACCCGUUGGUACCGAGCCCCAGAGCUCCUUGUGGGAGAUACACAAUAUGAGGCUGCAGUAGACAUCUGGGCUGUAGGUACUGUCUUUGCAGAGCUGGUGUCUGGACAAGCAUUAUGGCAUGGGAAAUCAGAUGUGGACCAAAUCUACUUGAUAAUAAGGACUCUGGGUAAACUCAUCCCAAGACAUGAGCAUAUAUUCAGGAAUAACCAAUUUUUUCAGGGUGUUAAUUUACCAGAGCCAGAUCCUGAGGAUAUGGAACCCCUAGAAGAUAAGUUUCCAAACCUAAACCCUCAUGCUUUGACUUUCAUGAAGAGUUGUUUGAAAAUGGAUCCAGAUGACAGAUGCAGCUGUGAAGACUUGUUUGAAAACCCAUACUUUGAUUUAUAUCGAGAUGAAAAUGAAAAAUCCAGGCAAUGGCUUGAUGGUCGGAAUCGAAAAAGACAACAGUUUUUGCCUCAGCUCCCUGGUAAUAAUGGGUCACCAACACCAGAUGCCAGAAAGCAGCUUCGUCAGCAACGGUUCGAUCACCUUCCUACCAUCUGACAAUCUCUAUCAAACCUAUGGUUCUGAAGUGAAACAGAAAUAUCUAGAUGUAAUGUACUCAAGAAAGGUUUCUGUAUAAGACUGAAGUGGUGAUAUGGGUAUUAUUUUGCUUUAUUUUACUUGCUGUAAAUAUGACUCAUGUAUACAUUAAUUAAAAACAACAAACCACGUUUCACAUAAAAG